AUGAGCCGCAACUUGAGAAUUGGCAUCAUUUCGCCGCACUGCUGCCGCGUGUUCGGCAAUUCGCGUCUUGAGAAGUCUGCCAGUUUCUCCGACAUAGUUGCUUUUGCCGCAACUGCACCAGAUCCUGUAGACUUCAACGGUCCCAGUUCGAAUGCGGGCACGACAGGCGGUUGUAACAACAUGGGCCAGAAAAUGGAGGAGGCCACCGAUCGUGUGGGCCAUGAGGAGUCAUCCAACGAUGCCACCACUCUCGAAGAGACUGAGCGCAACUCCCGAGACGGCGAACCCUCUGUGCCGGGCAGCAACCCUCGCUCCGCCGCCACCAACCAUAACGCAUCGGCGUAA